AUGGAAUCUUUGCCAAUCCACCUACGAACCGGUACCGACGAGCCGAUUGAAUGCUGGGAUGAUGAUGACGACUUGCAGUUCAGCGAAGAUAUUCACUUUCGCACCGCAUCCAGCGCGGGAUCCAUAACAAACUCGUCAUUUCGGCCCUCUGGGCACCGAGAUUCUAUCUCCUCUCGUCGCUCUGCUCGCUCAGAUAUUGACUCUAAUGCGGGUGAUGAAGACUGGCAGGUCCCGCUCUAUGACAAUGAUGAAUUUGCAAAAGAAGAUGCCAUUGCCUCGGCGAAGACUGCGGGCAUUCCUAUUCCUCCAGAUAUCCCCAAGUCAGCUCUUAUUGGGGGCACGAUCAAGCGCUUGUCAACUCGAAAGACCAAGCAAACUUUUGUUGAUGACUGGUCAGAAGACGUUGAGCUCCCGGGUCCCGAAACCCUAUUACAGCUCAAAACUCCCCAGGAAACAUGGUUUCCUGACACUCUUCGACAUUUGAGCUCCGCUGCUACCAGUCCAGUAAAAUCCACGGCCUCGCCAUCUUGGGAUGAGGAAUUCUCGACGCGUUUGCAAUCUACCUUGGGGCCAUUUGACACCUUCCAAGACGACAAUGGUAGUCUGGAAGCCCGAGACAUUCCAACUCUCAAAGCCCCUCGAUCUCCGAAGAAAUUGAACAUUGGCAAUGUUGGCAGUGGUUUCAAUAUUGAACAGGAAGCAGACGACGACUUCAACCAGGAUUUUGAACUUCCCGCCAAUCAUCAGCCUCUCGAAUUAUCCCAUCGAAAAGCGAAUUUCUACGUUUCUAGUCCCACUCUGGAGGAUUUUGAUCUUGAGUGGUCCGAAGGAAGUAUCGGUGUACGAGUUGGUGGUACCACAAGGGAUGGUCGUUCGGUUCCCAGUUCUUCUAUCUCUAUCGCCAGCCCCAGCGUCUCAAGUUGUCUCACGGCGGAAAGUGAAGACGAUGGCCUCGACGGUCUCGUCAUUCCCGAAGGUCCGCUUGAUUUCAGCGCUUCUCUGCAGAAGCGACAGACUGCGCAGGCUGAGAAUGCCGAAGCGGAAGAGAGUCAGAUGGAUCAAACUCCUUCUGACGCUGACGACUUCUUUUCUGGCAUAGAUAUCGACAAUGAGAAGGCUUUUUCCUUUGGAAAGCCCGCUCUGAAUCCUAAUAUAAAGUGCAAGACAGAACGGCCUUCCAGCCCGACUCGUCGAUCUGCAACAACACUCACGUUCACCAGUGCGACAGGAUCUCCACGAACUCGCAUCCCACGUUUGUCCGGUCAUGAUCGAACACAUUCAACCCACCUUGAAACUGUGUCAGAAAGUGGUGCACCUCUUUCCAAAUUUCGAACAUCACAAUCGCGUCUAGGGCAUUCAUCUCAAUCGUCAACCUCAAGUCUCCCAGCCCCUAGCGCUAAUCCGACAUCACCGACUCCUACACUCUCUAGUCGACGGGUGCUCGGGUCUCGCAAUUCCCGAGACAUUGCCCAGGCGGGCGAGGGUACCCCUUCAGUCAGGCGUUUGAAGACCAAGCGAUCCCUGCCAUCGAUUCGUGGCUUAGGCUCGGCCGCUUCAAUGACCGCUUCCCAGCGACCACCGGUCGAUCGCCCGGUCCGCCUUCCCUCUACCAGACCUAAAACCCCGGUGGAUAUCCCCGUAACUGAUGCGAGAUCGCUGGGGCGUAGGCCACAGGUGCCAUUUAUGCCUGCUGGUGUUUCGGAAUCCCAAUCACAUCAUGCCAGUGUGAAGGGGUAUCGCUCGUCGCGUCGCACCAAUUCAGAUAGCUCUGGUGGGCUUCUUAGUCCGCAGGGCACAGUCUCCCGACUUUCCCGACCAACUCGCAAUGAACCGUUCCGUGCUGGGUUUGGCGACACAAGCGUGGAUUCUCUCGGUUCUACAAAACGUACCAUCACACGACCUACUAAAAGGCGCAACUUUGGGGAUGGAACCGAGUUGGAGUCAUUUGAUGAUCUAUCUACAUCGGUCCUGGCAGAGAGCAAGUUUGUCAAAACCCCCACCGGUCGAGGUGCUCCGAGGUCCAUCCGCGCCAGGCUCAGCCAGAGCCGGAUUGAUCCCUAUGAUGAAUCUCCCAUUCAAUCUUCGUCCCCAUCGACCUCCAAACUGCGCAGUCCGACACCUAGAUUUGCGCGAGAUACAAAUGCCUCCAGAAAUGCAAGGGAACAACGCAUUGCAUCCAUGGCUAUUAACUUAAAAACCCGUGAACCGAAUCCUCUUUCGACAUUCAACUCAAACUGGAAAUCCCAACCUAUGUCAAGGAUUCCUCCGGCCUCUGCAACGGUCAAAAGCCGGAAAGGUAAAUCGAAUGUCAAAUCCACAUCCAAGCCGCACUUGAUCAAGCCCCUGGGGUCUCGGGUGCAGGAUGCCAAAUCUGUGCGAGGUAUGCGUUACAACCCUACCAAUUUCCGGUGGGAAGGAAAUGAAAAUUUGGUUCAGGAAUUUGAUGCCACUACUUCCAAAUCCCCUAAACCUGCCCCGGCUCUCAUCGCCAACGUUGGGGCGCAGAAUGUUCAGACGGUUGGUGGAAUGGUCUUUGAUCCACAUCGUAUGUGUUGGCUUAGGGCAUCUGACGGCACUGACGAGGACGUGUUUGCCGGUCUGGACGACUUGGAUGAAAAAAUCACCAUUGGACGAAACUCUUCGUUUGAGCCAGGGGAUGCAAGUGCCGGCGAAUCCUCUGAUGAAGGACCUAUGACUGAAGAAUUUGAUGUCGGUCCAGAAUUCAUUCGACGACAACGGGUUGAGGAAGAUAAGUGGAGACGCAAGGUUGACAAAUGGGUAUUCGAUCGUGAAAAUCAUUGGCAAUGGAUCAUUCGUGACUUAGCCUUUGAUCGAUCAUAG